CGCCGCGGGCCGCAACAGGUGCCUCCCGGAGCAGGAAGCUCGCGCCGCAGCCGCCUCCGCCGCCGCUCAGCUCCCCGGGCGCGUCCAGCAGCCGCUGCGCCAGCGCGCCAUCCCCGGGCCCGCGUGCGUCCCCGCGAGGACAGCGACCCCGCCGCUGCCGCCGCCUCUCGGGCCCGCUUCCUGCCCCCUUCGCACCCCCGGGCGAGGGUGCCCAGGAGCAGGCCGAGGCCGCGCUCGCCCCCGGCCCCGCCACCCUCCCGCCGCUUUGCGCGCCAUGGACGCCCCGGAGCCGCAGCCCGACCCCGACGGCGGGGACGCCCCAGGCCACGAGCCCGGGGGCAGCCCCCAAGACGAGUUCGACUUCUCCAUCCUCUUCGACUAUGACUAUUUGAAUCCUAUCGAAGAAGAACCGAAUGCACAUAAGGUCGCCAGCCCACCCUCCGGACUCGCAUACCCCGAUGAUGUCCUGGACUAUGGCCUCAAGCCAUACAGCCCCCUCCCCAGUCUCCCGGGCGAGCCCCCCGGCCGAUUCGGAGAGCCGGAUAGGGUAGGGCCGCAGAACUUUCUGAGCGCGGCCCAGCCAGCCGGGGCCUCGGGCCUGAGCCCUCGGAUCGAGAUCACUCCAUCUCACGAACUGAUGCAGGCAGGGGGCCCCCUCCGCGGGAGAGACGCUGGCCUGCUGGGGGAGCAGCCGGCCCUGGCCGGGGCGGCCGCCAGCCCGCGGUUCACGCUGCCCGUGCCCGGCUUCGAGGGCUACCGCGAGCCGCUUUGCUUGAGCCCGGCUAGCAGCGGCUCCUCUGCCAGCUUCGUUUCCGACACCUUCUCCCCCUACACCUCGCCCUGCGUCUCGCCCAAUAACGGCGGGCCCGACGACCUGUGCCCCCAGUUUCAAAACAUCCCUGCUCAUUAUUCCCCCAGAACCUCGCCAAUAAUGUCACCUCGAACCGGCCUCGCUGAGGACAGCUGCCUGGGCCGCCGCUCGCCCGCGCCCCGUCCGGCCUCCCGCUCCUCGUCGCCUGGCGCCAAGCGGAGGCAUUCGUGUGCCGGGGCCCCGGUCGCCCCGCUGCCCGGAGCCUCGCCCCAGCGCUCCCGGAGCCCCUCGCCGCAGCCCCGGGACGACGGCGCCCCCGCCGGCUACCCCGCCGCGGCCGGCUCCGCCGUCCUCAUGGACGCCCUGAACAGCCUCGCCGCCGACUCGCCCUGCGGCAUCCCCCCCAAGAUGUGGAAGACCAGCCCCGAGCCGGCGCCCGCGUCCGCCGCCCCGCCCAAGGCCGGCCUGCCCCGCCACCUGUACCCGGCCGCCGUGGAAUUUCUGGGCCCCUGCGAGCAGGAGGAGAGGAGGAACUCGGCCCCCGAGUCCAUCCUGCUGAUGCCGCCCACGUGGCCCAAGCAGCUGGUGCCCGCCCUUCCCCUCUGCAGUAUUCCAGUGACCGCAUCCCUCCCUCCGCUUGAGUGGCCACUCUCCCACCAGUCGGGGUCCUAUGAGCUGCGGAUUGAGGUGCAGCCCAAGCCACAUCACCGGGCCCACUAUGAGACAGAAGGCAGCCGAGGGGCUGUCAAAGCUCCAACUGGUGGCCACCCUGUCGUUCAGCUCCAUGGCUACAUGGAAAACAAGCCCCUCGGGCUUCAGAUCUUCAUUGGGACAGCCGACGAGCGGAUCCUGAAGCCCCACGCCUUCUACCAGGUGCACCGCAUCACGGGAAAAACCGUCACCACCACCAGCUACGAGAAGAUCGUAGGCAACACCAAAGUCCUGGAGAUCCCUCUGGAGCCAAAGAACAACAUGAGGGCGACCAUUGACUGUGCGGGGAUCCUGAAGCUGAGGAACGCGGACAUCGAGCUGCGGAAAGGCGAGACGGACAUCGGCAGGAAGAACACGCGGGUGCGGCUGGUUUUCCGGGUGCACAUUCCAGAGGCCAGCGGGAGGAUCAUCUCCCUGCAGACUGCAUCCAACCCCAUCGAAUGCUCCCAGCGAUCCGCCCACGAGCUGCCCAUGGUGGAAAGACAGGACAUCGACAGCUGCCUGGUCUACGGGGGCCAGCAGAUGAUCCUCACGGGACAGAACUUCACAGCCGAGUCCAAAGUCGUGUUUACUGAGAAGACCACAGAUGGGCAGCAAAUUUGGGAAAUGGAAGCCACGGUGGAUAAAGACAAGAGCCAGCCUAACAUGCUUUUUGUUGAGAUCCCUGAAUAUCGAAACAAGCACAUCCGUGCAUCGGUGAAGGUCAACUUCUACGUCAUCAAUGGGAAAAGAAAACGGAGUCAACCUCAGCACUUUACUUACCACCCAGUCCCAGCUAUCAAGACGGAGCCCACCGAUGAAUACGACCCCACCUUGAUCUGCAGCCCGGCCCACGGGGGCCUGGGGAGCCAGCCUUACUACCCGCAGCACCCGAUGGUGGCUGAGUCCCCCUCCUGCCUCGUGGCCACCAUGGCGCCCUGCCAACAGUUCCGCUCGGGGCUCUCGUCCCCCGACGCCCGCUACCAGCAGCAGAACCCAGCGGCCGUCCUCUACCAGCGGAGCAAGAGCCUGAGCCCCAGCCUGCUGGGCUACCAGCAGCCGGCCCUCAUGGCCGCCCCCCUGUCCCUGGCGGACGCCCACCGCUCCGUGCUGGUGCACGCCGGCUCCCAGGGCCAGAGCUCCAGCCUGCUGCACUCCUCUCCGGCCAACCAGCAGGCCUCGCCGGUGAUCCACUACUCGCCCACCGGCCAGCAGCUGCGCUGCGGUGGCCACCAGGAAUUCCAGCACAUCAUGUACUGCGAGAAUUUCGCGCCCGGCACCGCCAGGCCCGGCCCGCCCCCCGCCAGUCAAGGUCAGAGGCUGAGCCCGGGGUCCUACCCCACGGUCAUUCAGCAGCAGAAUGCCACCAGCCAAAGAGCCGCCAAAAACGGACCCCCGGUCAGUGACCAAAAGGAAGUAUUACCCGCAGGAGUGACAAUUAAGCAGGAGCAGAAUUUGGACCAGACCUACUUGGACGACGAGCUGAUAGACACACACCUUAGCUGGAUACAAAACAUAUUAUGAAACAGAAUGACUGUGAUCUUUGAUCCGAGAAAUCAAAGUCAAAGAUGCUGUUGCUGUGACCGAAUGCUCUGCACAUGCCGAUUCGAUUCAGCACACGAAGUCCACUCACCAGAAGUCAGCGGCGGUGUUGUUGGUUACGUGCCCCCUGACAUCCCCCUGGCUCAUCGGGCUGUGGCUUCUGAAGGGUUCCCUGGUCAGAUAAAGUAGGUUCAUUCCAUCAAGUCCAGGCCCAGAAGUUCAUGGCGGCAUCACACGGGUUUUUAAAUUACACCUACCGUGUAUGUCCAUGUGGUUUGCUAUAGGCACCUCUGAGCAGCUGUUCUGCAAGCUGUUCUGAAAACGCACCCAAAUUCACUGCCAGCUGCCACGCCCAUCAGCACACAUAGUGGCCUGGACAUUCUGGAAGGAUGGGCUCUGCUGAUAAGACAUGCUGACGCUUCCUAGUAGCGGCAUGAAAGGGGUAUGGGGGGGGGGGGGUGUUUCUCUGGCACGUUCUCCAACAGCAACUAUCAGACGCUGUCCACAAAGGCAACAAUGCCAUCAGGGAACAUUUGCUGAAUACCAGGUGCCAGACUCCCUCCCGAGGGCUUUGGAUCCGGGACUCAGGGUGACAAAAAGGCAGCUAAAAUGUCAGUGUGGACAGGGUAAACCACUUCUCAGAGUCCUGAAGGGGCCUUUUUAAAGCGUGUUUCUUCCCUCCCUGGUAUUAGCACUUGGCAAUGCUUCUGACCUUACAGGGGCCUGGGAACCUUGGCAAGCUGGCUCUGAUGUCCAGGGCCCCUGGGGGAUUUACUAUCCUGUACCUCUCAGACCCCACCCAAGGCUUUGGGCUUCAGGCCCGUCAAGGGUUUUUUUUGUCUUUUUCGCUGAGUCUAAAGUCUGGCCUGGCCCAUCUGGAAAGCUCUUCAGAGCACACAGAGGUGGCUGGAAAGUUCCUGAGCCAGCAAAAAGCAGAGCGAAAAAGAGUUUUGUUCUUAGAGGACAGAUCAUUUCGGUUUUGAGAUCAGCGUCACAGGAGAAGGGCCAAGGGCCACCUUGCCUGCUCAGCCCUUUUCCACAUGCUAGUGGGGAAGAGGCCGGGUGCUCACCCUCAGCUGUCCCAGCAGCUUUACCUCACGGCAAUUGGGACAGAAUCACCCAGAGGCACACGUCACGGGCUUCCUGGUCCAGCCUCCUUGCCCCAAGCGUGGGUCUCGAGAGGAGAUUCGGCCAAGCGCUGCGGGGUGAAGAAGGGUAGUGAGUGGACCCUGCCCCUAUCCUGGCUCUUAGACUCUCUGGCCUAGAGAAUGCAGCCUCCCCCAUUCCUGUCCAAGCUCGAGGAGUGGCUGUGGCCUUUGUGGCUGGCCCCCAGACUCUUGUGGGCACUCACAUGAUCUAACCAGAUUUGAGAAAACAUGCUUGAGGCUUUGGGGAGAGAAACAGGAGGGGGUCUCUCCACUCCUUCCUGUUGUUGCUUUUUUGGAAUUAAGUUCCAAAGUCAGCAAUUAAGGGGAAAAGGCCCAGAGUCAAAGUUACCCUUGACGGGCUUUUAAAUUACACCUACCGUGUAUAUCCAUGUGGUUUUCUACAUGCACCUCUGAGCAGCUGUUCUGCAAGGUAAAGUUUGAGAACCUCUGAGCUCAGCUGAAUGAAAGUCAGUAUUGCAGGUGUCUGGCCCUUCAAGGGAAUCGUAACAUUCCUAGGGCAGAGUGGGAUGCUAAGAGAAAUCCAAGUUUGUAGACAUAAACACCUAGGGUUGUUUGAGGAACAGCACAAGUAAGAGGCAUUGGCUUUAUUCCCCUCCCCCCCCAAAAAAAAAGUAGGUGAAAAAACACUGCUCUGCCAUGGUAUAUACUAGGGGCUGGUACACCAAGUCUCACACCAGUUGGCAACUGGCCUGUUCAGAUCUGGCCCCUGGUCUGUUGUGGCAAAUAAAGUUUUAUUGGCACACAGCCAUGUCCGUUUGCUCACAUACUGUCUAUGGCUGCUUUCACACUACAGGGCAGAGCUGGGUAGUGGAGUAGGGGGCCCAUAGCACUGCAAAUAUUUUUGUCUGGCCCUUUACAGAAGAAGUUUGAUGAUCCCUCAUUCUUUGUAUGCCAACAGCCCUUUAUUAGAAGGGUUUUAUUUUUAUUUUCUCUGCUUGAUUUUUCCAGUUUUAAAGAGAAAAAUAUAUAAUUAUAAUAUACUUCCAUCUGUCGAUCUUUUCCUUUCUGGUUUCAGCCUUAGGUGUCAGGCUUAGAAAUCACCCUGAGGUUGUACACGUUCAUCAAUGUUUUCAUCACGGCGCCUCGCGCUAGGGGUGAUAAAAGGUCAGGGCUGCCUGUGGUAGAGGCGACACCAUUAGCCUCAAUUCUGUUCUGAGAAAGUGAUACUCAAUGACCGCCUUAACCACUCAGCAUAUGGCCUUCUCUGCUGUUAACUUCGCAGAGGCUGCCCUCGCCUUUUCCUGACACACACACAAACACACACACACACACACACACACACACGACACUGAGGACGCCAGGACCAUGGAAAAAACAUGAUGACUUCUGCACUUAAUAGCACGGUCUCAUCAAUUGUGUAGCCAUCUAGGGUUCAGGUUAAUACAUGGGCCUUGAGUUCAAAUUGCAAUUCCAUCACCUGGUAUGGCAGGGGAUUGCCUAUCUCCAGCUAUGAGGCGAGGGUUGUAUUGCUAGGUUUGGCGUAAGAAAAACUUUGCAUUUGUUACAGUGCGUGGCACGCAGUCAGCCUUCAAUAAAUGCGAAUGGCUUAUAUUCUUUUGUAGAGAAAAGGUUCCAGACAAGUAACAGAUUGGCAACCCAUUUGUCAAUUGGAGGGCAGACGAAAGACAGCUUCUCCAAACCAAGUGACCUAGGCUGUGGUGUGGGAUAUCUGUGGGGGGCUGAGAUGCAUACAUUAGGGACCUGCUGUAUGCAUGGCACUAUGCAUGGCACCCUGAGGACACAGGAAACUCAAAUAACCUGGCCUAGGAGGUUGCAAGCAAAGCAUUGUGAGAAUUCCCUAUUUGCUUCUGGAGGAAGUGAGGGCCCAAGGGUAGGAGUGGGAGACAGCUUCCGUGCAAAGGUGGCGUUGGGACGAGGAGAGGGGCCGUUGGAGAAAUGCGUGUGGCCCAGUUUGGGAAGAGGUGGGAGGAAAGAUACAAAAGUUGGCCUAGGAUAGAUGCUCAAAGCAUUUACUGACUGGAUGGAACGCAGACGGCUGAUACAGAACCGUGUUUCAGCACUCAGAGUGGGGACGAAGCCUGUCUGUGGGACCUGAGGCUACUUACCACUUGAGGAGAAAAAGGAAGCUCAGAAAGGCGUCACUGAGCACUUCCUGAGGCCCUGUUUAAAAGCGGAGGGUUCCGUGGGGGAACAAGAACAUAAAGCACUAGCUGGGGAACUGCCUGGAACGGAUACCUGGAGGAGACUGGGCAGGGCUGGGGGGAUGCAGUGCAGAGCAGGAGAGGGAGCAGAGCCUUGAAUGGAGGAGUGAGGAGAAAGGGGCCGCUGGGCUACUCUACCAGCAGAGUGCAGGUAGAAGCCUGCGUGGCUGGCGAGGGAAGCAGGGGGCACCCAGAGCGGGGGUUUUGCGUAAGGGAGACCUUAAGCAGGUAGAGCCGCAGAGGGAGACGAGAGCUGGAGAAGGAGGUGCGGCAGGGCUGAGGCAGGAGCCCCCCCGUCCCAUCCAGCCCAGAAGCCGGGGGAGGACCCAGGGAGAGGUUGCAUGGUGGGCAUCAGGGAACUGGUUUGAAUACUUGUGGCUGCAGAGGGGAGACCUCCCUGCAGACAGGAGACCCGGCUCUGGAGCAGAGACCCUCCACGUCUUGGGCUCGAGGUCCCCCAAGUGGGGGGGCCGGCGCCACCCCUGCCAACACCCAGCUGGCACUCCUGUUCUAGAACUUUCUCCUUGCUCCCAGCCAGGGGGGCCAGCCCUGAGGUUUCAGCAAGAGAAGGUUCCUCCAGCCAGAGAGGUUUCUGCGGGGUUGGAGUGGGCCUCACUUCGGGGCUUGGGCCCACAGUCGCCCCCUCGCCACCCCCAACCACACGAAGGUCUAAGUGCACGCUGUCCGGAGUUUUCCAGACGCAACUAUCAGCAUCUACCUGACUCUAGCUUUCAGGAAGCGGGCAGAGCGUCCCUGUGCUUGAACACGGCGCCUACCUUCCACCCCCGCCCCGGCCCCUGCCUUCUGAGGAGGGGGAGCGACCCUUUAGUGAGGGCCGUGGUGCCAACAUGGCUGCCUACCAGAUAUUUUUAGAAAGCCGAGGCUGUGGAAAGUUUCCAUUGAGGAUCGACUCUCUGGUUUCCUAGAUUGAGAAAACAGGAAGCCCUUCAGAAUCCGGGCUUUGAAAAGCUUCCCAUGAAGCUGCACUGACCCCACCUCCCUCCCCCUGGCAUUCUGCUCCCCCUGUGGCUCCCUGCCUGCCUCACAAAGGGCUCUCAGCUUACCAGGCCCGGGCAGGGUUCACAGAAGGGUGGGCUGGGUUCCUGCUUUAGGGCCCCUGGGAGUCAGCUCAGCCAGUACCUGGUAUACAGGAAGUGCCCGGUCAACAACGUUGGUUUGCUGAAUGUGAAUUCAUCCUCUAUUAAUGGAUCCGCGGCCACGCUUUGCUGUGCUAAUACUAUGCACGUGUACCUCCGUAGGUAUAACAUCUCAUACCUAAUGUGCACCAUGCUGUGAACACCUGCCAGACACGGGGCACUGUGAUAAGUCUAUCACUUGCAUGAUCUUAUCCAAGCUCCUCUAGGACCCUAGAAGGGAGGUGACAUUUUUAGACCCGAUUUACAGAUGGGGAGACUGAGGCAAAUUCAAGUAAGGAGGCAGCAGAGAAGGGAUGCUAACCCGAACUCCCACCUCGCACGUGCUUUCAGCGCAUACCUGAAGAACAGGGAGCAGUGCCUCAAUAGUUUCUAGCACAAAACGAAGCCCACCGAGGCAAAGCACUCAUUCAGAGUCUGACCCUGAGCCUGGGGGUGUGGGGAGUGGAGCCAGCCGCUACGGAACACCAUUUGCCAGGCGGGCGCCAGGAGCAGGCAUGGGCCUCAGUGCCUACCAGGGACUAAGCCGUACACGUUGUGGGUUCCGCUUACCAGAGGGGAAAACCGAGGCACAGAGAGGUAGAGUCACGCCGCUACCAGUGGAGUGAGGGAGUCCAAGGUCAAGCGUGCCUUUUCCAGCUCAAGGGCAGUUGGCUUUUUUGGGAAAGUUUUGCGCUUUCCCUGGGGCUUGCAGACUCGUCCACGCAGGGGUCUUCUGGGAAGGGCAUGCUGGACCUAGGAGGGCUCUGCUUGAGCGUGGGGUGGGGGGGUCUUGGAGCAAAUCUCAACAGAAACAGAAAAUAGGCAGGGAGGAUUACAGUAAGGUAAUCAAAGACGAAACCCACGAAGAGGACUGCGGGAGGAGGGGGGGAGGGGAGGUUAAGAACCUUCGAAGGCACCCAGCAGGGGUCUCCCUCCUCUCCGCUCUCCUCCUGCCCCUGGGACCAGCCGACCCAUCCGACCGCACAGGCAAGGGCGUACAUAGCCCUCGGGUUUGUGCACACCCCCUGCCUCGGAUCUGGGCUGCUGCAGAGAGCAACUUUUUACCAAGAAAGUUUUUUUUUUUUUUCUUUUUUGCCAGAUCCCCAUUCUAAGACCUUCCUGCCUUGCUUACAGAGACAGGGGCCCUGGAUAAGGGGGCCGAGAUGGGAGAAGAGAACCAUCUUCUUGAUGUCAGGGGCUGGCAUUACAUUCCUGGUUCCCUUGUGGGGGAGGGGGUGACCGAAUUUUCCAGAGCCCCUCGGACAGAGGACACUUCGCCAGCAUGGGUGGUGGUGGUGGGGGGGGGGAGGGGUAAGGCCAGAAUUUCUGGUUGUGCUGAGAGAGAUGUCGUCUACACUGAUGGCUACUCUCAGUGGUAUCUCCCUCUACUCUCUUUUGAAAAGUCUCUUUUGAGAACUGAAUGCUUUGUGGGUCAACUAUGGUUUAGUCUCGUAGUAGGUAUUUUCCGGAUGCUGUAAUAACGGAAGGAGUGUGGUAGUCAGCAGAGAGCCUGAACAUACUUAGAUCCUGCCCUAGGGCCCAGCUCAAUUUCUGCCACGAUGUUUUAAAGUUCCCUUCACAAACACAUCCGUAGCACAAAAUAUUACUGUCCAGGAAAACAGAAAAAGCACAGGAAGGCAUUUCUUACGUUAAAAAUUGUCCCACGUAUUAUCGGAGAGAACAAAAGCGUGGUUUGUUUGUUUAAAGGUUCUAGAAAGCUAAUCCGACCCGUGUUGUUGGUGCCCUCUCACUCGCCCCUCCUCUCUCUCUCUCUCUCUUUCUCUUUUCUUUUGUAGUUAAUGAAAUUAUCAGGAAGGAGUUUUCAGGACCUCCCGCCAGAAAUCAGACGUAGAAGAUGCCAUUAGCAAGACACCUUCCGUAUCUGACCCCUCGGAGCCUUCCACUGCCUCUCACCUUCUGUUCUCUUUACUGUACAUCUCCUGGCCCGGAGGCCACACGCGGGACCAUGUUCUGGCAAAAAGCUGACCCUCGAUUAAGGAGCUCGCCACCUCUCUGUGUAAACACCAGGGAGAACGCUGUGCCUUUUCGAUUUUUGUUUUAAAUCCCAAAGAGCAUCUCGGUUGACUUUCAUGGUGUCCUUAAGUGCCUGCUGACCAAAAAAAAAAAAAAAACAUUCUGCACAAGACAGCACGCCGCGACGGCCCCGAGAACGGACUGACCGGAGCUCAGGGCGUGGGCUGGGGUGGGGGAUGGAAGAUGUGGGCCGUGUCAUUAAACCCCAGCCCUGCGUUCAUUUUUCCAGGUCACAGAUACACCUCCUGUACCUUUUGAAGGAAAAGGAGUUUUCAAACAGCAGCCAAGGGAACGUGACCCAAGAGUCUGGCUAUGGGCUGAAGAAAAACGGAAGCCGGACCGUCAUCCUUAGGGAUCGCCUGUUCCUGGCCACGGUUGGGCCGCAGCGAAAGCCUGAUUUUUGAGUUUUCUCAUUCUGAAGCACAAGUGGCCCCUCACAAGAUGGCCUGUUAAAACUCGGCGUUAAGUUAUGACACGUGUACACGUUAUUUUUUUUUUUUCCUCUGCUUCAAAAAGCUGGCUGGAGGGUGGGGCUCGCUCCAGGCCAGCAGUUCCUCACCCCUGCAGCAGGCGGUCGGACUCGAGCAGGGACCGCAGGCUGCAGUGUGAACACCUCCGCACCCCUGCAACCUAAUGGCUUUCUGCUGCUCUCGCUUGCUUUCCUCCUAACCGGAGUGCUUUUUUCCCCCGUAAACUAGCGAGGAACAACAAUCUCAGGCAUGUGCAUUGAAUUUUGAGAAGGAAUUGAAGAGGAGCUAAAACCACCAAAAAAAAAAAAAAAAAAAAAAAAAAAAAAAGUGAAGGUAUUUUGGUUAAAUUGUGAGAAAUGAGGCAACGAGGAGGCCUAAGCAUUUCUUUUCCUAAGUGGGUUCCCCCGUGAGAAGGGCGGAGUUCCCUCUGGCCUCGACUCCACGUGGGACGCCAUCGCAGGCUGUGGCCCCCAAAGUUCCUUGGUGAUCUUUACCUGAAGCCCUUUCAAGCGUCCCUCGGUCCCCAAGACCUGUCUGCAUUAGCCGCCUGCAUCCGCAUCGAAGAGAACCAGCCCACGUGCAGUCCGCAGUUGGACAGAGCUGUGCCCGGACCGCUUGCAUGGUGAUUGGCCCCCAAAUUCUGUCUCCACUGCGCACAGCGAGCCCUCAUGAGUCUGCCUCCUCUGGUGCAGUUUCUGCAAACACAGAAAACUCCGGAGUCCUCCGCAGGGGUGGGUUCUCCUCGCCCAGAUGCGCUCCUGUUUGCAUGUACCGUGGACACCCCCCGGGACAAGCCAGGGAUUCACUUUCGGCCAUUCGGUUUCUUCCCCCGUAAUCAACAACAGAAUGCAGAGGUCCCGGCGCUCUUCGAAAGGCUCUGCUUCGUGAUUUCUCAGAUCUGCUAGGGAGAAGCGUAGGAAGAGAAUCCUGGCUGUUGAGGUCUCCCUGUGGCAUUUACAAGUCCUGGCUUCCUAGUCAAGGUUAUCCGGAGGUUAAACCUUCCCAACAGCUCUUCCAGGAGCGUGAGGCUGGGUGACUACAGCCUGGUGGGUCUGGUGCUCCAGAGAGUGGACAGAACGCCCAGGGUGUGACCUUUUCAUCGAGGCCUAGCAUUUGUUUUCCCCCUAACAACCCGGGACCUCUCUUCCACCCACCCCAAGCACAAAGUUUAGCAAAAUCCUCUUUAACGCAAAUUGCCGCAGAGCUCCUGGGAUGUGAAAUUCUUCCUAAUUCACGAAAAGUUUCCUUACACCAGCAGCUUUACCCAAAGCAGUCUCUCCAGCAAUAUUGGACUUCGCUGGGGCAGAGUCAGUGUUUGGUGAGAGAUCUGUUCUCACUUGACCUGGCUAGGAACCAUUUCCCUCUUUUUUUUUCUUUGCACAUGAGGGAUAUUGGCCUUCCUCAGUUAUCUGAAUGUUUUACCCAAGUGCCUUCCUGCUAUUAUAGCAAAGUCGCUCUGCUUCAUUGUGCCUGGAUGGGGCGAACAAGGGCUAACGCGUUUUCCAUCAAUCUUCUAGGUUAGUGAAAAGGGCCUCCUGCUAGUUCCAACUCUUGCACGAACCUGUGCACGUACGUGUGUGUGUAUAAUGCACGCACAAGCUUUUUCUGAGACCACCUAGGCUGGAUAUUAGAGGAAGCCCUUUCAUAAACAACUCUACCAAAUAGCGAAGGAAAGAGAAGCAAAAAAGCAUUAGUUUUGAGACAUAAACAGGCAAGAGAAUGUGUAUUAGGAACCGACAGCUAGCGAGAAAGUUUGGUCAGUAACAAAUGCCAGGAGGAGAUUUUGCCAAGAGGAAUUGCUCACAAAAUAUUUUCAGUCUGGGAAGAGGCAAUAGGAUCCUCUACAGAGAAGGAGAAAGUAAGGAUGUCUAAGUGGGAAAGAUGUGUGUGUUGCACGUGUGAGAAGGAUCUCAGGUGGAGGUUUGCACUUGCUACAUCCAAGGUAAUGUAAAUAUGUAGCAUUGCUAACAGGAAUCUACCGUGUUGCUGAAUGUAGUAUAUUUCCCGAGUUUGCAAGUCUUCCUGUAUGUACAAAAAUACUGCUGCCUGAUAAUAUAUAAUAGCAACCCAAAGUAGUAGGUUAUUAAAUUUUAUUUUCUUACCUGUAUUUUUAUGCUUUUUAUCUGUCCCGAAAAUAUCACACACCCCUGUUGGAAUUAGAAAAUAUUUAUAAAUGGUUGAAAUCUCUUGCAAGUGUCUCUUUUUACAUAUGCUGAGGAUUUCCGCCUCCCCCCCCCCACCCCAAGAGAAAGGAUGUGUCCUUGAAAAUUUGUGAAUCGUGCUAGCAAAAACACAAAACAAAAAUACAAAAAAAAAAAAAAACCCACAACCCCGCCCCCCCCCCCAAAAGCCCCACGAAACUACCCACCUCAGAGUUCAUCAGUCACCUGAGUCUUAGAAGAAAGCAUCUUUGGAGAAAGAAGGGGGAUGGCUUUGUGGAAAAAGGAACCAUCUGUUGCCAGAGAGGACACGGACUUCACCUCUGAGCCUGCGUCGGGUCACGGAGGAGAACUGUCUUGUAAAGUGUUUAGAUCCCCCAAAGAAGUGGCCUAGUAGGUGAUCGUUGAGUUAAAAACAAAACCGCCUGUGUGGUAACGGAUUCUGAAAGACUUCGCAAAGUUCACAGAACCCUGUUUACAGAGCUGACCAAAUCCUGCUAGGUAACCCCUGUACGCAUUAUCCAAAGGACAUGCAGAGUUUUCCAGCAUAGACACACCCUAGAUGAAUCAGGAUGGUUCCUUCGAAAAACUGGAAAGCACUGAUGGGGCCUUUCUCGUUUACAUCCAGUAGCCAAGACGUCGGUCUCAGGAAGUCCGUCUUGGCCAGCGUGGGAGCUGCAACAUUUAGACAGACUGGAAGCGGAUAUGCUCUGGUUGUUACAACAGACUAAAGGGAGGCUGAAUGUGUUUGUUUUCAUGUCAAAAAACGCUUCCCAAGUGCUUUCUGUUCACAAUUGAAAGACCGUCAGAGAUGCGGCUAACAAUUUUGUUCACGUUUACAGGAGGCAUGGGGGUUGGGAUAUUCCUGACAAGGUCCGGCAUCCAUUUUUUUUUUUUUUUUUUGGAGGGAUGACCCUUUAGCAGGUACCCAACACAUCCUAACCGCCAGUCUUCCAAGCCCAGGGCUUAGGCCUCAAACCUCAUGGAGCCAAACCAGCCAAUGCACGGGUUUUCCUGCAUUCCAGCUAAAGGCUUAAGAAGUGUCACAAAGGACUGUGAUUGCAAACAUCAGUUUCCCUCCGCUGUCGGGAGUGCCUUCAGUUAUAGCCAACGUCACCAUCUUAACUCAGUUUGUUUAAAAACAAACGUUUCUGUGAUUGGUGAGCUGGAGAUGGUCCCUAAGCGAGCCCCUCUGAAAAGGAGACGGGAUGUUGGGUGUUGGAAAAAACGUUUAACACCCUGCCUUCGUGCAGCUGUCGGCAGCCCAAACACCUGCCCCGUCCCGGGUCGGACGCAUCGGAAGCAAAGGAUACAUUUUCCAUUAGGGCAUGGGCUUUCAGCACUGCCCUUGGGACAAGUUUAGACCCUGAGCACCUUGUCAAAGAACCUCCCUUACCCCCAUUGCCUCUACAGCCCUCAGAGGGGAGAAAAUGUUGACCAUGCCGUAAGUAGUUCUCCAACAAACAGAAUUCUCUCCAACAGGGUGGUGCUGGAAGGCUUAGGUUUUAAAAAUGUUGACUGUUAAGGAAGUUUGAAUACAUCACAUUCCUAUGCAAAAUGUUUUUAACCUCCAGUUUAAUGUAGUUUAUUUUUGCUAUAUGUAAAGUAUUUUUAUACGGCUUAUAUCGUGAUAGUUUAGCAAUAAAACGGCUGAAAGCA